CUAAACUGAAGAGCAGAGAUGCUGAGAUGGAGAAACUUCAGCCAACAGAGGACCCCGUUGAUUUCAUUCAGGCAGGAGUUGUGUGUGUCUCUGAGAGGGGAAAAUGGCCAGUGCUUCAGUGUUGGAAGAGUUAAGCUGUUCAAUCUGCCUGGAUUUACUGAAGGACCCAGUGACUGUUCCCUGUGGACACAGUUUCUGUUUGAACUGCAUUACAGGCUGCUGGGAUCAAGAAGACCAGAAGGGUGUUUACAGCUGCCCCCAGUGCAGAGAGACCUUCACUCCAAGGCCUGUUCUACGCAGAAACACAAUGCUGACUGGAGUUAUAGAGAAGCUGAAGAAGACCGAACUGCACUCUGAUGCUAAGGCUCCUUCCUACGCCGGACCAGGCGAUGUGGAGUGUGAUUUCUGCACUGGGAGGAAACGUAAAGCCACCAAGUCAUGUCUUUCAUGCCUUCUUUCCUAUUGUGAAGUUCACAUCCAGCCUCACUAUGAAGUGCCUCGUCUAAGCAAGCACAAACUAGUGAAUGCCACCUCACAACUACAGGAGAAGAUCUGUUCUCAGCAUGACAGGAUUAUUGAGGUGUUUUGUCGCACGGAUCACAAGUUGAUCUGUAUGCUGUGUUCUAUGGAUGAUCAUAAUGGACAUAAAACCGUCUCGGCAGCAGCAGAACGGACUGAGAAGCAGAAAACAUUGUUGAAGAUGAAGGGGGAUUACCAGAAGCAACUCCAUCAGAAGGAGAAGGAGAUGGAAGAGGUCAAACAGGCUCUGAAGUCUCUGCAGCCUGGUUGAAACCAGACUCAUUCA